AUGAACAUGGCAUUCGCUGAUAUGAUGCUAGGAGCGGAUUCAUUACCUUUGUACAAUUACUUGCGAGUCGGUUUUCGGCCACCACUAUGGAGACAAGAUGCUCUGGAACCGCUGGAGAAUUUUUUUCCUUUGGUUUGAUCUCAUUUUCUUGCAGGCCUCCUUAAUUUCUGCAGUGUUUAUAUCUUGUGAAAGAUUUUACGGUACACCAUCUACUGGCCACUAAAACAUCUAACACUGUCGACAAGAGCAUACGCCAUUGUCAUUAUUUUAAUUUGGACUCUGCUUUUCUUGUUAGCGUAUUCUUCAAACUAGUUAGAGACUUCCUUUCAACAAAAACAGGUGUUUACAUAAUGACAAUACUAAUUUCGAUUUUUCGGCCACCACUAUGGAGGAAAAAUGCGCCAAGCGAUGCUAUUCAUCAGCAAAACAGAGGCUGCCAAAUCUCGACGCCUGACAAACACCAUGCUUUUUGUGUCUGCUGCUGCUGUGUUCUCGUGGCUUCCUGACACGCCAUUAUUCUAAACUUGACGGCGGCAAAUAUGGUCUCUGUACCUGUAACAACUUUUCUUUAUCUUACAUUCCUACCUAUUUCAACUCCUUUGUUUACAUAAAACCUGUAUUAUACAAGUUUUAAUGGACAUCCGAACGGCUCAGUCAAACUACCGACGUUGAACCUUCUUUAAAAAAUGGUAACAAUAAAAUAACAAUACAAAAAAUACAGUUGAAAAUAAGGUUCUUUCGUGUGCUUGCCGAAUGGCAGGUCAUUUAUCCAUCUGAAAUAACAUUUCAUUUAUUACUUGUAAAUCUUUCCCAAAGCGUUGCACCUGUUCCUACUGAUAAAGUUGCAGAAUGGGUCAGCAGCAGGCGUGCAUAAAAAGCAGGAUUGAAGUUAAACAAAAGCUUUCACAGUAGAUCCUCUUCAAAAAGCCGCUUAUCAGAUACAUUCCGCGCUGACCCUUGCAAGUCUUUUACAUUAGACUUUUCUUCAAAAUCUUAACGUCUGGGUCAUUAAUAAAUUGCUACCAAUGACGACAACUGAUUCAAUUCGCACUAAAAUGAAAAGUAUGUCAACUAUCGUGAGAUCCAACAACAGCAACAACUUCAGCUCACUUUCAUCACCGGCGCAUAUAGAUUUCCCGUCUCGAGCGGACGAAAUAGUAGUUUGCAGCCCUCUUUUGUUUGAAGCUCUCUUCAUUGUCACGGGGAACUUGGUCACAAAUGUUUUCUUCGCACUAGAGAAGGAGCUCCGAAAGCGGAAAAGCUUGUUUCUGGUUAUAAACAUGCGUUCGCGGAUGUAAUGUUAGGAGCUGUAUCCGUUCCUUUGUUGUUUACUUAAAUGUCGGUUUUCAGCUAUGGAGUUUGGACUUCUUUUACCUUCACUUCGAUAUCAUUUUCUUGCAGGCUCCGUUAAUUUCCGCAGUUUUUAUAUCUUGUGAAAGAUUUUACGCCGUCUAUCGGCCACUAAAACACCGUACAUUGUCAGCAAGGGCAUACGCCAUUGUCAUAAGUGUAAUCUGGACACUUGCUAUUGUUGCCAGCGCGAUGUACUUUAUUCUUGCAAACUUAAAUUUCAGUCAUAGCAGCUUAUUAUCUUUCUGCAAUAUUAUUUUCGAUUUUUUUAUUCAUCAUAUGUGUCUGUAA